AUGAGAAAUUCCGUUGUUUUGUUCUUUUUGUUUCUUGUAUGUCAUGCUGAAAGUUUGAAUCGAAAUGAAGACCAGACGAGAAGACUUGAUGCAUUAGAAAAGGUAGUAAAUCAAGUCCAGCAACAAAACCAGCGGUUAGAGGAAACUGUACAGAUGCAACAAAUGGAAAUAACAGAAUUGAAAAUGCAACUUGCAAAUGUUAAAGUUCAACAGAAAAACGGCCACAAAAAUUUGAGUGCGUCGGAUUUCGAAAUAUUCAUCAAAGAUACUGUGUCGAAAAUGCUUACCAAAGCUGAAAUUUUGAAAUCAAAUGAUGAUAGUAGUGUCCCUACCAAUGAAGCAGAAUUUCUUAUGAAGGAUACUGGUUCGAAAUUGCAUGAUAAUAACAUAUCCAGUAAGCCAGGUUUAGGAAUGCAGUACGUUCAUGAACCAGUCAAUGAUGUGAUUUCAAAUGCUGAAAGAAAGAAAUCUCUAUCAGGUCAGGCUGUUGCAUUUUAUGCGGUCUUGAGUCAUGAUGAGAAUGCACCAAGUGCUCACCAUACCCUAGUAUUUGACAACGCUAAGACGAACGUACAAGGUGCAUAUAACCAAUACAGCGGAAUAUUUACCGCUCCAAUAGCAGGAGUUUACGUGUUCACAUUUAGCAUUCAUAUGGGUUGCAAUGCGUACGCAUCGUUUGAAAUAGUGAAAAAUGCAGACGUUGAAGGGGCCGUUUUUCUUGACGUCUCAGACGCCUGCGUUUCAGAACAGGUGACAUGGUCCACUGUUUCUGAACUCGGUGUAGGUGACAUAGUGUAUGUAAGAACACACUCCACAAGAGAAAUCAGAGGCGACAUAAUGAGUGAUAAAUAUGGAAUGUCAUCUUUUGGUGGGUGGUUACUUUCAGUUUAA